AUGGCGGACUAUUCUAGCAUGGACGAGGCGACGCUCAACGAAAAGCUGAACGCAGCCACAGACUACGAAGAGAGAGCUAGCAUCCGCAAGGCUCUCCGGCAGCUGAAAAAGGAUCAGGGUAGGCCCGUUGGACGGACGAGCAGACGAGACGCGGGCUACAACAGGUUCGCAGGGACCAGUGCAACUACCACGAAACCCGUCACCCCCAAAAGCUACAUUGUGGGGCAGAGUGCGGAACAAUCGCCGGCAAGGGGUCCAACUCCGACCAGGACUCCGCCUACAUACAGCCCCGCCCCCGUCACCUCCCCGCUCACUCGGACCCCACCCCCUCCGAAGGAAGCCUCGCCACAGCUGCAAGAGUCCCCUUCCCCCGAUGAUGAACCAGAUGGAAUCCCUCCUCACACAGAGGAACCAGAACCACCUGCUUCCCCCGAGGUCCCAUCUUCACCCCCUCCCCGCUCUCCCUCCCCUCCCCCCUCCCCACCUCACCAGAAAUUCCGCGAAGAAGAGGUAGACAACGAAGGAGAUAACGAGGAGGCGGAGCCUGAAGAGGAAGAGGAAGUGACGGCUAAUGGGGCGGAGGAGGAAGUGGAAGAGCCUGAAGAUGACCAGAAAGAAGAGGAGGAAGGAGAAGAAGAGGAAGAAGAAGAGAAGGUAGGAGAAGAGGAAGAGGAAGAGGAGGAGGAGGAGGAGGAGGAAGAAGAAAAAGCAGACGAACAAGCCCAUGAUGAGCCCGAUGAGGUACAGCAAGAGAAGGAGGAAAAGCCACGCCCACCACCCGUCAAACCAAAGACGCCUACAUCCACCGAAGACUCAGACGGGUCACCGUUUGGCUCAAAACUUCGGUCCAAACGACCCCAGUUUCAGACCGGGACCUCCAGGGAGAAAGAGAGCGGGGCUAAGGCUGAGUUUCAGGGGUUCAAGCUGCGGAAGACAUCGUCUCAAGACCAGCAGCAGGGGAGGUCGUCGCCACAUGGUGGUGUGGACUUUGGAGUCAAGCUUAAAUGUCGUCCCAGUCCGUCCACCACUGAUGCAAUCCCCAGUAAAACAGAGCAACCGGAGAUCCGUUCUCGGGCCAAGACCUUCGGCAGUGCUCGCCAAACUCCUUCCUCUUCCUCCUCCUCCUCCUCCUCCUCGGGACCUCGUACCCUCCGAGACUACCAGCAGCUCUCGGCUCGCAGUAUGAGGUCACAGGCCAAGAGUCCAGACGAGAACGAGAGUGAGGGAGGAUCUACUAUGCCAGUGGAUGAGCUACAGCGAUAUCUGGUAGCCUAUGUCAACCAGGAGUUAUCUCUCUCUCCCUCCAUUCCUUCUCGGGGGAAGGCUCUUUAUGACGUCUGUUCUGACCCAUCCAACCUCUGUAAACUCAUCAACAGGUCCGUGAGGCACACGGUUGACCUUCGAGCCCUCACCAUAGUAACCUCAAACAUGUCCCCCGCCGACAAAGAUGAAGCAGAUCAGGAAAACAUGACGUUGACCAUCGAAUCGGCCCGUGCCAUCGGAUGUCGCAUCACCGACUCAACCGGGGACAAAAUUCUGAGGAAAGACCCGCCCACCAUCCGGAGUUUCCUCGUUGACCUAAUAAGGGCAAGGGUAGUCAACAUGCCAGGGAUGGACGACGAGCCGACAACGACAUUUACAAACCUGUCAGUCCUGUUUUCGAAACUGGGCAUCUCUGAGGGGGUUGACGGUGGAGAGGAGAGGGAGAAUGGGGAGGAAGGGGGAGGGGAGGGGAGUGGCGGUAUCAAAUGGAGGGAGGCCACACCCCCUACUUCGGGUCUGACGUACGAGGAGAGAGCGGCGCAGCGGAGGGCCGAGAGGGAGAGGCGGGACCAAGAAUGCAAGGCCGCUGGACUGGACGACACCAGUAACCUCACCUACGAGGAGCGGGCCGCCAUACGCAGGGCCGAGCGAGAAAAGAAGAGACAAGAAAGAGCCGAACUGGCCAGUUCACAUUAGAAAGAGAGACAAAGAGCAGUUUCUUCCACGGAGAAUCCUUAGAACUUGAUAUCCCUUAGGCGACGGUCGCACCGUUGCCACAUACAUGUACACAUUAUUCUAUAGCAAUCAGCACUAGUGUCUCUCAUGCACAUUUUUCACGGCCCGUGUAGUUUGUCUGCAUAUACGUCACAGUGUCACCCCUUGUGUUGUAGUGUCUGAGUUAUCAAUGAAAAUAAGGAGCAGAGACUAACGGCACCGUUUCAUUGAAGUUUUGUUUAGUCAACCUGUUUUGUAGCCCAUGAUGUACGC